UUUGAUCCCCUACUACGUCUAAAUAGAGUAUAGGACUCGCACCCAGAUCCUUCGAGGAAGGGAAAAAAAACACAACACACAAACAAAAAUGGCAAAGAAAUCCAUCACCAUGAAACCGAUCUUUCAAGAGCAAGAUGCUGUUUUCUUAGAUGAAGCUAAUGAUUUCUCUAACUGGGAACUCAUUAACGAAUCUGAUGCGGAAGACUCAGAUACUGAUUCUUUACAAAGUCUGGAAAAUGGCUUUGUUUCUUGGUCUUCACCAAGAUCACCGAAGACAAGCCAAGAAAUAGUAGCCCAGGACACUCAACAAGACCGAGAUGUUGUCUUUCAUUUCAACUCUCAUGAUCAUGAAGUUGACGAUGACGAUGAUGACGAUGGUGAUGUUUAUCGUGGGAGGUCUAUAUUGUUUCCUGCUGCUAGGAUUCAGCAUGUUGAUUUUGAUUUUGAUGACGAAGAGGAUGAUGAUGAUGAUGGGUAUGGGUUAAAUGAUGAGCUAGUGCCAUGGAAUGUGAGUGGGAAGUUAGGGAGGCAAAGGAUUAGGAAGUUAGGCAAAAGGGUAUUUCCUAAGAUGAGUAAUUCGAAGAGGAGUCCUUUUCUUCAUGUGAAGCCAGGGUGUGUUCAUGGAAAGCAUGGGUUGGGCUUGAAGGCUUAGCAGAGGAAGAGAUUGAAGGUAAAAUAGUGGCGGGGGUGGAAAACGAUGGGAACUUCGAAUUUGGUACUGUGUAAAGAAUUGAACUUUGGAGGUGGCUGGUUAGAUGUAAUUAGUGGAAUUUGAGGCUUAUUGCCUUUUAUUUUUUAACCUAGGUUAUGCUGAUUGGAAAUGACUUGUGUGGAUGUUAUUAUCAUUUUAAUCCUCAUUGAUAUUAAUUUA